GAGGCGGUUCGAGAUAACCGGACCGUCGAUUGUGGAGAACAUUCUGAAGGAGUAUCCGAAUGCGGACUUGUUCUUGCACACUCCGCUGGACCGGAACACCUUCAAGUUGUCGUACUUGAAAUCGGCGCCCAAACUCGCCGCCGUCAGAAUCUUCGAGCCUAAACCGAUUCCGGAGACCGAGUCGCAACUCCGAGUCCUCACGGCGAGCAACUCGCCAAACGGCAUUCAGGGGCUUUUACAGUAUUUCAAUCUGGUCGAAGGAUGCCUAACCAUGAUCCGCGCGUACCAGUCACGCAACAACUUCACUUACGACUGGAUUGUCCGGACUCGGGUCGAUGGGUUCUGGAACGGCCCGCUCCGACCCGAAAACUUCGUACCGGGCCAGUACGUGGUACCGCCGGGAUCCUCAUACGGCGGACUAAACGACCGAUUCGGCGUGGGAGACCUGAACACCUCGACCGUCGCUCUCUCACGGCUGGCUCUAAUUCCUAAUCUGGACGCCGCCGGGCUCCGGCAACUGAACUCGGAAAGCGCGUUCAAGGAGCAGCUGAGCAGCGCAGGGGUGGCGUUUCGGGCGAUACGGCAGCCGUUCUGCAUAGUGACGGAGCGGCAGUACGAUUAUCCGCCGAGGGGAUUCGGAGUGCCGGUGGCGGCGAUGUGGAGUGCGGGGCUGAUGAGCGGGGCGAAGUGCAGGCCGUGCAGGGCGGCGUGUGAGGGGGAGUGCGUGGGGGAGGUGAUGGGGCGUCUGGAGAGGGGAUGGAGCUGGACGGAUUGGGAAAACGGGACGCUGUCUCUGUGCGACGCCCAUGGAGAUUGGGAACAAGGGUGGGAGAAAAUAUACGAGGAAUUUGUUGGGGUUGAAAUGGCGGGUGCCAGUUGGAGGAUCCAGAACAUGAACUCCAGUCAGUGCAGUGAUGAUUUCAAUGAAAUGAAAAGGAGAAGUGGAAUUUGGGAAGCUCCGCCAGUGGAGGAUAUCUGCAGCCUCCUUCAAAUUGGUAAUUAGUUAAAAUGAUACUUGUGCUGUGUUUUUGUUUUUGGUUGCCUUUUACUCCUAGUUUUACCUUGGUGUGUCACUGUGUCUAUAUAAUUUGUUUAGCUUAGUCAGUGCCACAUAUAUAUUCGUUACAAAUGCAAAUCAGUUCAACCCA